CCUUAGUGCAAUCCCAACAAAGGAGAAAACAUGUUGGGAUUCCUAAGCCUUAUGUUGAUUCUCCUCCAUGAGACAGGGUCUGCAGGAGCAGCAUCGCUAUCAAGUUCUGAAGAAACAUAUGCUCUAUCAGUCUGCGGUGCGCCAAUGGUAUCAGAACGGAUAGUAGGGGGAACGGACAGUAAGAAGGGGGAAUGGCCCUGGCAGAUCAGUCUGAGCUACAAAGGGGAACCUGUCUGCGGGGGAUCCCUUAUUGCCAACAGCUGGAUUCUGACUGCUGCUCACUGCUUUGAUUCGCAAAACGUUUCCCAAUAUAAAGUUUACCUUGGGGUUUAUCGAUUGUCUCUCCUUCAAAAUCCCAACACAGUCUCCAGGAGUGUGAAAAGAAUCAUCAUACACCCAGAUUACCAAUUUGAAGGAUCUAAUGGGGACAUUGCACUGAUUGAAAUGGAUCAACCUGUCACCUUUACCCCUUACAUUCUCCCAGCCUGCCUCCCACCCCCAGCUGCUCUGCUUCCUGCAGGGGUGAAAUGCUGGGUGACUGGGUGGGGAGAUAUCAAAGAAGGACAGCCUCUAAGUAACCCUAAAACCCUGCAGAAGGCUACAGUGAGUCUAAUUGACUGGCAUAGCUGUGAGUCCAUGUACGAAACCAGCUUGGGAUACAAACCUAAUGUUCCUUUUAUCCUGGAUGACAUGUUCUGUGCUGGCUACAAGGAAGGAAAAAUAGACGCCUGUCAGGGAGACUCUGGAGGACCUCUUGUAUGCAGAGUCAACAACACAUGGUGGCAAUACGGCAUUGUCAGCUGGGGUAUUGGAUGUGGACAAGCUAACCAACCGGGUGUCUAUACCAAAGUCCAGUAUUAUGAUGCUUGGAUCAAGCAGUACAUUACUUCAGUUCAAAUCAGUAGUGCUGUAGACAUGACAAAGCUCCUUGAACAGUCCAUGAACAGGAGUGUUGAGUUUCUUGAGACUACAAAUAUAACAACCAACUCCAGUGGGGCAAGUUUGGAACUCGUUAAGGCUUUAGGUGGUGGAGCUGACAAUCAGGCACGGUCCCAUCUAACCAUAUCCCUUUCUCUUAUGUAUUUCUGUCUUAGUCACCUGUGGUAAGUUGUGGCUUGAUACGUUCUCCCAAAAUGAACAAAACAUUCCACUUGAACAUUAAUGAAGGAAAAAAGAAGAUUGACAUAACAUAGUGGAUCUUCCAUUAGUGGAAUUUUUGAGAUGGUAUCUCCCCCACAAGUUAUUUCCUUAGGUCUUAGGAGUCAACAACACAGUAAGACCCUGAUGAGUUCAUCCAUGAAAUGGUCUUUCUAUGAAAUACAACUCCUACUACCAUGUUAAGGUCCUAGAUUCCUAUACAGAGAGGACCUUCAUUUCUGUCUGUUUUUGGCAUUGACUUAUUGCUACCUAAUAAAAUAUGUUCCUCUG